CGCUGCGACCAGCCCACCGCCAGGGAGCAGCCGAGCAAACGGCCAUGGGGCGCGAGGCUGCUGCGCCCAGGGUGCAAGUUUGUAGAUAUGUAGAUGAGAAAACCAAGAUGUAUCUUUGAGAAUGGAAGGCCUAUCCAGGUUUCUUCUUCGUAACCAAAUGUGACCCCAGCGGUGGAGUUUCCAGGAACGCCGAGGGAAGGUGAGAAGCACAUCGUUCCAAGGUCAUAGGUCCCUGGUCCACUGGCAGCUUGAGAGGAGGAGAGAAUGGAUGUUCACUCAGCCUUGGAGGGCACCAGGAUGAAAGGAGACAACCAUGAAGGAGCCACUAGACAAUUUUGCAAAUGCUUCUGAUUUCCCCAAUUAUGCAGCUGCUUUUGGAAAUUGCACUGAUGAAAAAAUCCCACUCAAGAGGCACUAUCUCCCCGUUAUUUACAGCAUCAUCUUCCUGGUGGGCUUUCCAGGGAAUGCAGUAGCAAUUUCCACUUACAUUUGCAAAAUGCGGCCCUGGAAGAGCAGCACGGUCAUCAUGCUGAACCUAGCCUGCACCGACCUUCUGUACCUCACCAGCCUCCCUUUCCUGGUUCACUACUACGCCAGCGACGAGAACUGGAUUUUUGGAGAUUUCAUGUGCAAGUUCAUCCGUUUUGGUUUCCAUUUCAACCUGUACAGCAGCAUCCUCUUUCUCACCUGCUUCAGCAUCUUCCGUUACUUCGUGAUCCAUCACCCCAUGAGCUGCUUUUGCAUUCACAAAACCCGGUGGGCCGUGGUGGCCUGCGCUACGGUGUGGAUCAUUUCCCUGGUGGCCGUCACUCCCAUGACUUUCCUGAUCACAUCAACCACCAGGACCAAUAACUCUGCCUGCCUUGACCUCACCAGUUCAGAUGACCUCACCACUAUCAAAUGGUACAAUCUAAUUUUGACUGCAACUGCCUUCUGCCUUCCCCUGGUGAUAGUGACACUUUGCUACACAAUGAUUAUCUGCACCCUAAACCGAGGACCUCAGACUCACAGCUGUGUUAAGCAGAAAGCUCGGAGGCUAACCAUUCUGCUACUUCUUGUGUUUUAUAUUUGUUUUUUACCCUUCCAUAUCCUGAGGGUCAUUCGGAUCGAAUCUCGCCUGCUUUCUGUCAGCUGCUCCAUUGAGAAUCAGAUCCAUGAAGCUUACAUCGUUUCUAGACCGUUAGCCGCCCUGAACACCUUUGGUAACCUGUUACUGUACGUGGUGGUCAGUGACAACUUCCAGCAGGCCAUCUCCUCCAUGGUGAGAUGCAAAGCAAGUGGGGACCUAGAGCAAGCAAAGAAAACCAGCUACUCAAACAACCCUUGACAUACUUCAUUUACUCAACCACAGAGAAAAGUUUGCUGAUGCUUCCUUCCCCUAUAAUUUCUAAGAAGUCCAGAAUAUCUCCCUCAGUAGAACUCAGUAAAUAUUGUGUAUUCAGGUAAUUAUGUGUCAAAAACCAGGACAGAACUGCCAGGACUUCUUUACAACCCAUUUAUUGAGAUCCUCCUUUGGGUAGACAUAAGAAUGGUAUGCAUGCAUAUCAGUAAAAGAUUAAAAUGUAAAAUUGGCACUAUUGGAACUCAAGGUCAUGUUGGAGAACACUUGCCUAGGUCUCUCAGUAAGUUAGGCCCAAGACAGGAGAAAGUCAGUUUUCACUCAUGGUUUCAUACUCCUUCAUACUAGGGCCUAUUUGUAUUGAACCUCAAGACAGUUCAAGGCAUUAUUUGUAUCUUUUUCAAUAUUCAUUUAUUUUACAUUUUAUAUUUUUAAACCUUUUCUUAAAACUUUGCUUUGAGGUUAUUAAACUAUGUUUUCACUAAGCUUUAGUCAGUUUUGUAGAUUAAAGCAAGUCAGUACCAUACACGAGAUAAUUCAAAGAUGUCAAUGCAAAUAACUGAAGCGAAUACCUGCAAAACAUUUGGGGUAUUAUAUCUUUACUGUUAUAGAUCAUUUUCCAAGAUGUUAUUAAUAUAAAAAUUAUCAAGUGUAUUAGUUAUCAACAUGUCCUGGGGAAGGAGGGGAACCUUUUGGGGAACAGAAGUACUUUUAAAUAUCAUGUAUAUAUUAGGUAUUAAAUAAAAUCUAACAUAUUUUUUACUUCUCUCAGUGGGUAAAUAUUUCAGGAAACACUAAUUCUCUUUAUAUACCUUUCUCUUUUGGGACUAUCAUGAAAAUAUGACUUCUAUUACAAUAGCUAAAGCUGUUUUUGAAUUGUGUGUGUGCUUAAUUAUCACUAAGUGUAAAUAUCUGAGAAAAUGCCUAGUCUGAAUAUUUUAAAACCUAGCAAAUGUGUUGAUAUAAUUAAUAAACUAAUUUUAAAAUCA